UUUUCCCUGUAACGAUUAGUACCAAAUCCAUAUGGCUUUGAAAAGUAGAAGAUAAGAUGAUGCAAGGCUCAAAGAUAGUUCUUCCAAGUUCUGAUGUUGAGGAAUAUUCUGCAAACAUUCUUCAGACAACAAUUUCGCGUAUUGUGAACCCUAAAAGUCAGACAACAAGAUACUUUUACACAAGUGACAAUCGUCCAAAUUGGUGGCCGAAAGAUGUGGUGUUUUCCCCAUUGAAUGGACCCAAGGCUAUCGCGAAUGGUAUCACUGCUAUAAAACGGAGAAAAGUAUUAGCAGCUUUUUUGGAGAAAUGUCCUGACCAGUACAUAAUAUCACCUCCAGUUGAUCAGCAAAACUCUGUCUCGACAGUUGAAACUGACCAACCAGAAGACCCUGCAGUUGGUGCAAAGAUAGUUCUUCCAAGUUCUGAUGCUAGGGAAUACUAUAUGAGCACUGUUUGUAGAGUUAUUUCACAUAUUGUAAACCCUGAAGGUCGUCGGAAGGCCAAUGCCGUCUACACGAGUGACAAUCGUCCAAGUUGGUGGCCAAAUGAUGUGGCAUUUUCUCCUUUGAAAGGGCCCAAGGCCGUCGCGAAUGGUAUCAUUGCUGUACACCGGACAAAAGUACUGGCAGCUUUCUUGGAGAAAUGUCCUGAGCAGUACACAUUAUCGCCUCCAGUUGAUCAGCAAAACUCUGCCUCGACCGUUAGAACUAAUCUACUAAAAGACUCACUCAUUGGUACAAAGAAAGCCAAGAUAAUGGCAGACUCAAAGAUAGUUCUUCCAAGCUCUGAUGUUAAUGAAUACACUGGAAUAGCUCUUCGUAGCACCAUUUCACACAUUGUGAACCCUACCCAUAAUAAUGCAGAUGUGAAGGGUGGCAACAGCAAAGAAAUCUAUAAGAGUGAGAACUGUCCAAGUUGGUGGCCAAAAGAUGUGCUGUUUUCUUCGUCUGAGCGCAGGGCAGUAAAUAUGAGAAAGAUUUUGGCAGCUUUUCUGAAGAAAUGUCCUGAGCAGUACACAAUAUUACCUCCAGUUGAUCAGCAAAACUCUGCCUCGUCAGUUGAAACUGACCAACCAGAAGUCCCCAUCAUUGAUAUCGAAAAUUUCGAAACGAAUGAAGAUAGUACAGAUGAAGAUAUUGAAGAAAAUGUUAGCAUACCAAGUGACCCUGAAGACCUGUUGAAUAGUCUAGAGCAGCACCUUCUGGAUUCUAGGAAAAGAAGGCUCGAGGCUGAGAGGAAAGUUGAGGAGUUAACGGAAGAAAACAAACGUCUCAAAGAAGAAAUGAAGUAUAUAUAUUCUAUUGCAAAACGAUCGAUCAAUGACUCUACUAUUGCAUAGCUUUAUACAUCUCCACACGAUUCUUUGUGUUUCAUAUUAUUGUUAAUUGUGUCUGGCAUUCCUAUUCAUAACAAUAUUAUUCAUUAUUAAUG